ACAACCCCCCUGAAAACCUGCCGCUUCCGUUCUCCGCUCUUCUCUUCCUCACCGUAGCUUAAACCCAAACCCUCCGCGGCCGCAUCCGUCUCUCGAUCCUUCCGGAACCUUCCUCCGCGCCAUGGCCGCCUCCAACGCCCCGGAGGGCUUCGCGAGCAGGAGGACGUACGCGAGGGAAGAUCUUGAGGCGCUCAUGGGCGCCCCGUCGGGGGAGGCGCAGGCGCGGCUGUGGGCCCAGGUCUACGCCGCCCUCGCCGCCACGGGGUACUCCGGCGAGUACGACGGGCUUCUCGACGCCGAGGAUUCGAGGAACAGGAGAGGAAAUAAGGGGAGGAAGGCUGCGGGCGGGGGAGGCGCUGGGGGUGGCUGGAAGAGGCCCAUUGAGGCGGCGCCCCGGUUCUUUGAUGUGGCAGAUAUUGGUGCGUCGAGAAAUGGGGAUUUGGGGGUUUGCCAUGAACAUCGAUUGGAGGCUGUUCAUGACCCUACUGGGGCGUGCGGAGUGAUUGAGGAGCUGCUUGAUCAGGGUGAAGAUGUGGAGUAUGAAGACGACAGUGACGAUGACUACGAGGGCAUUCUGAAGCCUGCUUUUGCGGUCGACGGGGACCCUGAUUUCGAGUCCGGCGAGCCGCUUGAUGGCUUCGAGUAUCUUCGGCGUGUUAGGUGGGAGGCUAAACAAAUUCCUAGAGUGAAGGUGGCCAAGAUAGAUUUGAGUGCAACUAGAAAGGAUCAAACACCUUAUAUGCCUGAAAUUCCUGAUAUACCAAAGUGCUCACCUGAUUUGCGAGCAUCAAAGCAAUGGGAGGAUGCAUUUAUUACCCACUUUUCGGAGACCAGGCUGGUGUUCUCUGAGCUCGACAGCUCUGAGGAACCAUCUAUAUCUGACAUGAGAAAAAGCCCAUCAAAACCUGGCAGCGGUUCGGAGCCACAGACUGAUCCGACGCUGACAAUGCUUCGCAACAUGGAUGCAGUGUCGAGAGCUGCGACACUACGGAACUACAUUGAUAUGAUUCAGAGCUUGGAUACACUAUCAAGGAACAACUGCCUGUGGCUCUUUGCACUCUGUGUUGCCCUGCACACUCCCUUAGACGCAGAGACAUGUGCCUCUCUAAUGUCCUUGCUGCGCAAGUGCGCAACCAUCCUUGCCACCAAGUCGGAGAUGGACGACGAAGUUGUAAUGCUGAAUAUACUGAUUGCAAUAUCUGCAAGGUAUUUUGGGCAGUAUGAACAUAGAUAUGACUAGGAGAUCGGGAGCACUAUGCAUGUUGAAUUCUUUUUAUUACAAUGGCGCACGUUUUGUAUUCCCUGAAGACAGUUUAUGGCGGCAGAAUAUAUGUGGAAUUAGUGUUCUCUAAGUGCAUAUCAUAUCGUUUUGUAAUGGCUAAUGCGGAGAAAUACCUUGGA